AUGGUGCUUAAAGAUGGAACUGUGCUGAGUUCCUCGGAGGAGGUUCACGAUGCUGCGGUGCAUUUUUAUCAAGAUUUGUUAACGAAGUCCAGUAUUGAAUAUGAGGCUUCGUCUAUGGAGUUAUUGUUGUUGUUGGUGUCAAUACAGGAAAAUGAGGGCCUUUGCGCAAUACUGUCUAUAGAAGAGGUGAAAUCAGCCCUUUGGUCUAUUCCUUCGAAUAGUAGUCUAGGUUCGGAUGGGUUUACUACUAGUUUCUUUAUAAUAGCAUGGGAUAUUGUUAAAGAUGACCUUGUAGAAAUGGCCAAGGAAUUUUUUGAGGGGAAGCCAUUAACAACUUUUUUUUGUGCUACAAAUUUAGUUCUAAUUCCUAAGGUGGAUGAGCCAUUGGGAUUUGGACAGUUUCGACCUAUUAGCUUUUGUUCAAUUGUUUAUAAAAUUAUGUCGAAGAUUAUGGAACUGGUUUCUGGCAUUAAUCAGAAGGCAAGUGGAAGAAAUGUAAUGGUAAAAAUUGACAUGGCAACGGCUUAUGACCGGGGGAUUUUUUUAAGGCUUCUCGAGGACUUCGCCAAGAUGGGAGAUGGACAUUUGUCAAUGGGAAGUCCAGUGGUUGGGGAGGUUGAUUUAAAGGUUAGUGAGGUGAUUGAUGAUACUGGACCAAAAUAUGAGUUAUUGAGGGAGCUCGUUCCUGAAGAAGUGGUUGACCACAUUAGAAAAUAA